GAAGAAGAGCGAACGAUGAUGAGAACACUGAAGUGUUGUGGUUGGGUUGAAAGAUGUGCACGUGGGACAACAUUUGGAAAACAGAUCAGACAUCACUCUAUAUCAUACGACGAAACCAUGAAAACCUGGCAUAGUUUGCAUAAACCAAACUUCAACUACUUCGCAAACAUCCGUCACAUGAAGCACUGGAUGGAGCGGAUUGGACGUAAUAUGGAAGACCUUUCCAAACUGAACGUUCUGCAUAUCACUGGCACAAAAGGCAAAGGCUCAACAAGCGCUUUUUGUGAAAACAUUCUUCGUCACCAUGGCUACAAGACUGGCGUAUACAGCUCUCCUCAUCUGGUGAGCAUAACAGAGAGGUUCCUUUUUGACGGCAAGCCAGUCGAGACGAACGUGUUCAAGGACCACUUUUGGGACAUCUAUAAUAGACUCUUAUACUCAAGGGAAUUGGAAGACGAUAUGCCCCAUGCAUUUGCCUUUCUGACACUUCUGGCUUUCGACCUUUCUCUUGCACAAGGAGUUGAUGCUCUGAUUCUUGAAGUGGGAAUAGGAGGCCAGUACGACUGCACGAACAUUGUUGAAACACCUACUGUGUGUGGCGUUACCUCGCUGCAUGUGGAUCAUAUAAAUUAUUUGGGAAACACUAUAGAAUCAGUGGCCUGGCACAAGGGAGGGAUCUUUAAACCAGGCACACCAGCAGUGACAGUGCCUCAAGACCCACGUGCAAUGAAAGUCCUAGAAGACAGAGCUGAGGAAAUAGGGACAGCCUUAUAUGAAACCCCGUCACUGGCCUCCUAUGACAAUGGACCUGAGCCAAUCAGAUUGGGUAUUCCAGGUCACGUGCAGAAUGUCAACGCUUCCCUUGCACUACAGAUGUGUAAGAUUUGGCUGAAGGCUGGAGGAAAUGGGUUCCGCAAGACAUCAACUGAUGAAACAAUCUCCUCGGUCAUCAUGAAAAGAAGCGAAAAGGCACAAGGAUUCAAACUCACUGACAGCAUCAAGAAUGGUUUGGCCCAAACAAGUCUCCCGGGAAGGGCCCAUGUAAUCUCCCGGCCUGGAGUGACCUACUACCUGGACACGGCCCACACUGACCUCAGCAUCCAGCACUGUGCAGAGUGGUUCGAUCAAAAAGCUGACGAAGAACGUUCAAAACUGAAAGGACGUGUUGCUCGAGUAAUGAUUUUCUACGGAGCUGAAGGAAGGGAUCAACGCAAACAUUUAUCAAUAUUACAGCAGAGACUUCCACUGGAUGCUGUUAUCUUUACGCCGUACGCUAGCCCCACCGAAGACUGUUCUAUAGAUUACAUCUAUGAUAAUACCCCCAAAGAGGAACAGUUCGCGAACGUUCUAUCUUUCAAAGAAUUCUGGGACGACAACACAUCCACAACCAAUCCAAUUCCAACAGAAGGUAAACGUUCUGGCCAGCCAUGUGCGUCAUUUACAGCGCGAAGUUUUCCAGAGGCUCUCAUAGCUGCGACCGGUGGGCGUGACCUCAGCAUACGUGGCAUAGAUGAUUUCAUCUCUGAGGAAAAAUAUCGCAUGACAUCUUCAGGCGAUCUCUACAGAGAUCCGAGUGUUACUCAAGCAACAACAAAAGAUGGACAAUGUCUUGAUUAUCCGCAAUUGCCAGAACAGGUUCAGAACGCUGAUCAUGUUCAAAUUCUGUUUGCUGGAGGAUUCAAGAUAAUAGGCCAUGGUCUGUGGUACCUUCAUGGGAAACUAUUCUGAAAGAAAACGAUAAUAAGUGAUAUAAGCUUACUUGUUGGAUAAACAUGGUCAGCCAGCCACUAUUAUUAAAUGUUGCAAUCUCCAUGGUUCCAGAAUACCAAAUAUCUACCUAUAUUGAGAGCAAGACUGGGAAAAGGGACAUAUUUGAAUACCUUUGCAUUACCUCAGCUAUAUUCUAUACGGGCUCAUGGUUAAUACACCUAUUCAAGUUGACAUGUCUUUUUGGUUUUAAAUACAUCAUUCCCUUUUCUCGCUAUCCUUGUUGCGUGUCAUGUUUUAAGAAAUUACAUCAUGCUACACAUAACAUUCAUGUGGGGAUUCCGGUCACGGGUAGCGCAUGCUGGUUGUAAC